GAUUGUGUUUGCGGUGUGCUAAGUGUGCAUAAACACAGUGCUUCUGUUGCUGCCCUUGAGGGGACCGUCUUGAUGGUGAUCGUCUAGAAUCUCGAGAUCGGGUGCCGCGUCUUAGCGCAGUACAUUACUUUACUUUACGGGUCACUUGCGAUGUGAAUGAGGAAUACUUGAUUUGCUUUCCUUUUGCGGUCUCUUCGGGUGUUUCUGUGUUCAUCAUCAGUAAAACAAACGAACGCAUUUAUCUUGCAGUUUGUGCAGCGCCUUCCCGAGAGGCCUCCGCUGAUCAAUGUCUCUCAUUUGUUACCGUUUGUUUUGGAAGAGUUCUGUGAAUAGGAAUGCACUGGCGGGAUUCAUAAAACAUUCCACGAUCGGGCGUUAGUACGUGCGUUUUCUUCGCCAUAACAAAAAUGCGUCUUCUUGUGAUGUGUUUGUUGAUAUUCACCUGCAUCAAACACACGCUGCUGCGGCUGCCACUCUAAUGUGUUAGGUGUGUGUAGUGGUAUUGGUUCGUUGGUUUCGCCGGCUUCUUUUCUAGAUAAGAUAGCAAAACACGGCACGCUAACACCACUCUACCGGGAUUGGCCGGGCUCUGUGCAGGGUGCGGGCGCGUGCGGAGGUGCAUCAUCAAUCACGCUCACAACACACGAAACGACCGUCCAAGCUUAAACGCACCACACACGCGCACACUCGUUGCGAUGAUUGCACAGUAUUGGCCGGUACGGCAUCGGGUCACCAUCGCGCUCUCGCUCUCCGUCCCGCGUCGUGUCUCGCAUAUCAGUAAAAACCCAGCAGUGUGUGUAGAGUGUGUCCACCGACCAGCAGCAGUAGUAGCCGCAUAUCAGCACACAACCGCACACUGUUGUGGUGUAGUUGGUUGUGUUGUCACUGCUCUGCAAUACGGACGCUUCCUUCCACGGUCCAGACCCUCACAAAACGACGUUGUUACGCGGCAAAGAAUCGGCAGCAAACGCGCGCAGACACGGCGCAAACUGGUUCAGUUGUAUCCUGUACGCGGUCGGCUGCUGACGCGUGCGCUGAAUGUGCUGCUGCUGCUCAUCACGGGCAGCUGUGUGUGUAUUAGGAGAAAGAAACAAACAGAAGUAAACAACAGGCAGUGGUAGCAAAAACUAAAAACAGAAGAGUGAAUUCCGUGGAACCACCCACCCCGCUUAUUAAGCGUGAAGUGAGAGUUGGUGGCGCUCGUGCGUGAUCUUGAGAUACAUUCCAGCUCCCUCGCUAGCCGCCGUCGUUCCAAGGCACCAUGAAUCAUGCGCUGGUAUUUACUGGUGGCAGCUCCAGCCCCGGCAGCUAUUGGGAAGAAGCGAUCAGUCUCGUCGUUCGGCUCGGUACGCUGCUGCAAACAUUAGUCAUCCCGCUGCUGCUGGUGAUCGGGGCGCAAUUUGCGGUACAGCUGUAUAACGGCGUCCGCCGGGAGGCAGAGCGGCUGCUCGAACGGCACGUCGAUGCAUUGCAGCGCGACCGCCAGCGGCUGAUAGAGGAGAUCAAGCUCGAUCUGCUGCGGACGCUCAACAACAAAGGAGCGAAGGAGGAGGAGUCAUCGGCGGUGCAGAAGGCUUCCGAGGCAGAGUGUGAUUAUCGUAGUACCAUAAAGCAGUCGGAAUGUGCAUCGGAAAAGUCAACCAUCAUCUCACCCGUACUGUCAUCCACGCCGAGUUCUGGCUUUGUAAAGAAUGGCAGCACAACGACGGGCAGAUCUAAUCAGACCCCAUUGGAGCGGCGACGACCGGCCACAUCGCCCUCCUCCACCAAAGCCACCGAAUGGAUCCCGACCCGCCGCCACCGGCUGGAUCGCAAAGAGUGCAGCAACAUUGUGAAUGAAAUCAUUUAUCAAAUUCAAUCAGGCACGCGAACUGGGGAAGAUUGCAAUAGCAGCAGUCCGGGGAAGUCGGGAAUUCCCGAAGGUACUACCCAACGUUCAGGAAAUGCGGAAGAUUCGGCGGUGCUGCGGGAUGUGCACAGUCGUAACGUGGUCGCUCGCAUGAAGACACUGUUCGAGCAGCCGAUGGGGCGACCCCAGAUGACCUCCGUGAAGUUUGCCACCACGCCCGAGAGGCAACCAUCACCGGCAGCACCGGAAUCAACGCCACGGCGACAUUUCAGCAACGUUGUGAACAUUCUUCGCCGCAGCGAACCCAACUCCUCGUACGGGUCGCGCUCCAUCAGUGCUAGCCUGGAGAACCUGAGGCCUGCCGGUGCUGCAGGGUACCCGAAGGCUUCCUCCGAACCUCCCACAGUGAUCCGAAUGCGACGACGCAUCCGCUCCCAGCAAAGUUUGUCCGAAUCGGUCGAGGACAUCCUGGAGUCGGAACGGUUCUCCAAACGCUUGUCCCAGUACUCGAUCAGUGAUCUGCUGGAUGAGGAUGAGGCUGAGAGUGGAAAGCAACCACUGGAGCGAUACAGUGGAGAAGCCAAGUACGAUCGGGUGUCGCGAGGUCUCAAAACGCUUUCCACCUUUUCCCUGUCCGAGUUGCUGCAGGAUGACGAAAUGACGACGGUUGAUGGGGCGGAAGCAGAACCGGAAGUGGUACUGCGCAAAUCGAAACCUAGCGCGACGCCCGCCUCCUAUCGCAAUGCCGUCGAUAACAUUGAGCAAAUCCUAAUUGCGGAGAACCUAUCGAAAGACUACUGGAAGUACUCCAUCUCGAACUUGCUGGACAGCAUGGAGGAGGACGGUGGUAUCGUGUCGCUGCAGUGAUGAUGUGUGUAGCUCCCAGUAAAGCACCUAAGCCCCAACCUC